GAAUUUUUGGUGCACAUUUCACUUUUUGCGUCUUCUGAGAGCCAACGUUAUUUUAUUUUUUUUUCGAUUGUUCAUUGCCGUGCAUUUUUUGUAAUACGCAGAAGCCGCAACCACAAUUAUUGACGAGGGGGCAUCACCUCCGAGGACACCCACCAAGGGAACGCCGACAGCUGCACAGGUGCAGCCAGGCUCACAUCGCCCUCUCUCUCUCUCGUUUUGCUCUCAGCUGCUCAAAAUGCGGCGCAUACUCGUCCAACUCUGACUCUGGCCCCACAGCAGCAACAACAAAGCUGUGUAUAAGAGCAGCAACAUCAAUAGAAGAAGAAGAACCAGCAGAAAGCUCCAAAACACGAGUGACAGACAGACUGCGCCACUGCACAAAGGCCCGGCCUUGAAGGCAAGGAACUGGCAUAAUGGCACAUCGACAGCUGACCCUAUUACUGACACUCGCACUAGCACUGAGCAUCGUCAGCAGCAAUUCCAGGUACUCCUCAUCGAGCUCUACCAACAUGGUGCCGCCAUCGCGACCCAACGUUACACGCCUUUCCGACGACGCCGUCAUGCUGCGCUGGAACGUGCCCAAGAACGACGGACUGCCGAUCCAAUUCUUCAAAGUGCAGUACCGCAUGUUGGGCGACAGCGCGCGUAAAAUUCCACGAGAUAGUUGGCAAACCACAAAUGAGAACAUAUCUUAUGGUAAGCAACGGGAUCGGGAUCGGGACCGGGACCGGGAUCACCACAAUCAUGAGGUGGGCGUGAAGAACUUCACAUCCUCUGUGAGUGGGCUGCAGCCAGAUCGCAUCUACCGCUUCCGCAUCAUUGCCGUCUACUCGAACAACGACAACAAGGAGGGCCCCACUUCACCCAAAUUCUUUCUGCAGCGCGGCGCAGCGAAGUCCAAUUUGCCGGUGCCCGAGCUGCGCGAUGUAGAGCCCUAUUCCGAGUCCGCUGUUAUGUUGCACUGGACGUUGGGCACAGUGACGCCAGAGCAUCAUAGCAUCGACGGCUACUAUGCCCACUACAGACUGGCAGCGUCGGCGGGCGAAUAUCUCAAGGCCACAGUGGAUGGCGGUCAUGCGCGCAAAUUCAAAAUCGACACGUUGGAGCCCGGCACGGCCUAUGAGUUCAAACUGCAAUCGUUUAACGCGCACUCCGCCUCUGAGUUCAGCGUCAUCAAGCAAGGCCGCACCAAGAAGGCAACUGGUAGUCAUGCCGUGCCCACUGCUCCGGCCAUUGUCUCCACUACUAAGUCCAACCAGGAGCAGAACUCCAUCUAUCCAGUAAUAGCGGGUGCCGUUGGAGGCGGCAUUCUGCUCUUGAUUGCCACUGUAGUGGCAUGUUUAUGCGUGCGCCGACGCAAGAAUGCGCAGCCUGAAGACGAGAACAAGCCGCAAUUGGACCAUAUACAAGCGGACUUCGUUACGUCGGCCGUACUGGGCGUAUCGCCACAUCACAAGGUGGGCGAUGUGCGUCGCCUCAAUGGCGUCAUUCCGCGCAUGAACAUAACGCCUAAUCCACUGGCACAGGACGCGGCUGCCGACAAGAGCAAUGCGUCUGUCGUGGCCGCUGCCGCCGCGGCCCUCCAUCAGCCGGGCCUACACCAUGCCCAGCCCUACCAUCCGCCGGCCACGCCCACAAUGUUGCACAAGCGUCUGGCGCCUUCGCAUGACUUCCAGCACCAGCAGCAGCCACCGCCUGUGCCUCCGCAUGCCGCCUACUACCAACAGCCUCCCGGAGGCGCCGCGUCCCCCAUGUUGGAUCAGCACCGCCGCACCUUGGAGCGGAGCGUGCGUGGCCUUCAACAGCUCCAGCAGCAGCAGCAGACGCCGCCACAUGGGUAUGGCCUUGACGAGGGGCUGCCCACGCCCACACGUAUACCUUCGCUGCGGCGCCAGCGGCGCUCCUCGGGCAGCCAGCACAACAGCCACACCAGUCUCAAUCACCAUAACAACAACAAUAAUAACAACAACAACCUGCCGCACCACCACCAACAUCUGCACCACGCCGCCCUGGCGCACAAUGGCGGUGGCUGCGGGGUCGUUGGCAUUCCGAUUGUGCCGGGCAGCCCACGCGUGCAGCGCUCUCCGAUGCCCGCGCGCGCCCUCAUCAAGCGCACACGCCUCGGCAGCCACACGGACAACAUAUCCUCGGGCAGUCUCAACAGUAUUGAGGUGUAGGGACUGGCGGUCCAGGACCUGCGCCUUAGUGAAAAGUUCCCGCAAAGCAUCGUCUAACUCUAAGCAAUGUUUUUUUUUAUGUAUCCUGCUAAUUUAUUAUAAACCCAUACACACAUACAUAUAUACAUACAUACAAAUACAUGCAUAGUAGGUAGUCUUAGUCACCCGAUUAGGGUUCAGACAUAGGGCAAGAGUCGUAGCCCUAGUAUUUCGUCUCUUUAUACGCUCCCUGGGAGCCAUCUUAAGUCUUAGUUGUUAAGUAGUCGCCACCAAUAACGAGCACUGCAGUGUUUAUUUAUAUUUAGUUCGCUCUCGAUUGCGUGCAUCCUAAAAGAUAUGCGGCCCGAUCGCAUCCACGACUCGAAUAAGCUUCGUUGAUUAGUUAAUUUAAUUUUUAAGGCUGCCCGCCCCACACCUAAAGCAAAACAGUGAAUGGAUCCUAAGGGAGAUGUGCGAACAUCUCGCAGCUUAGUUCUAACUUUUGUCAUGCACGACCUUUAAAGUAUGCAUAAAUAAAUCACAGACACACAUACAUACAUAUGUAGAUUUAGUUUCUAUAUGUAUUUACCUACAGCUAGUUCUAGAUUCUAGAUAGUUGACAGCACUGAGACCACACGUAGCCUUAACCUUAACACUGACCCUAGGUACACUCUGCGCCUUCCAUGCAAACUACUCAAAAG